CGUGAGCACAACAACCAGUGUAAACGAUAUUCUUUUUUCUUAAAUUUCAACUAAAAUUUGUGAAUGAAUGGUAAAACUUUUGGAAAUAUUUGUACUGGAUUGACAAACGUUAUUUCGUUUACCAAAUAGCUGACCAUCGAAGAUGGCAGCUGUCAACGGACACACAAAUGGAAUAAACGGUCACACAAAUGGCAUUGCCAAUGGUGUCGACACGCAAAGUCCAAGGAAUGGCCAGACCCGCACCAAACUGGGUGGUCUUGGCCCAGAUGGCUACCCAAGGCUGCCCCCAAUCAACAAGCCAGCCGCCCCUCACAGGGAAGACCCAUACGCCAACAGCAAGCUGAUGACUUUCAGGCUUGCCAACCAUAAGCAGGCACUUUUGAUGAAAGUCUUGGCUGAUACAUCAAUGAAAUCCUAUGAGGAUACGAAAGACCAACAUGAACGUGAGAAGUCGCCACCACCAGGACCUGACUACCCUGAAGAGAUGAUGAGUAAAGAUCGACGGAUAAGGGUGAAUUACCAGUUUAUGAAGAAAUGCGUCGAAAGUGGCCCCGUCACGCCCAUGCAGAAAGAAUGGGCCCACAAGAUUAUACAGAUGAUCCCCCCAAGUUUGAGAAACACCCCGUACCUACGAGAAUGCAUCAAUGAUCUUUUCGACGAGAUCAAGACGGAUUACAAUGCCAGCAUGAAGAAAUCGAUGGUUCAACAUGUCCUUAUGAAGCCAGAAGUUAAGGGCCUCGACGGUGAAGUUGCGGGACCUCCACCAGAAGAACCCACUGGACUGGACUACUCCAAACCGUGGCAUGAUGAUUUCAUGGCUGCCCGUGAAAAUAUUCGUGAAAAUCUUCACAUGCUUCACCCGUCGAAGCAGACUGUACUCAAUAUGUGUCAGACAACACUCGGAAACAUGAUACUUGUUGACUGCUCCAAGUUCAGAGCCCAGGGACCAAUGGAAUUUGACUCGUUGAAGAACAACGUCAUGCUUGAUUUGGAAAAGGCAGAAGACAAAUUGAUGCAUAGCUGGUACCCAAAGGUGAUCAACAUCUUCAGCGACAAGAACAACUUUAAGGGCUCCGACUCCUUCUACAACAGUCUCACCACACUUGUCUCAAACCAGUUGCGGGACCUGUUGGAUCGAACAUUGGCAGCAUAUGUGGAUCUGUUUGACCUUGAGGACAAGAGUCACCUUCCACUGCUCAAGAUGGAGCUGACCUUCGAUGACGAGAAGAUGCAGUUUUAUCCACCAAGCCAGGACCUGGAGGAUAUUGUAUUGUUGGUCGUGAAGCAGAUCUGCAAGACAAUGCAGCAGGUGCCGACCGUCCAGUCGUGGAUGUCUGGUGGCAGUACACUGUACCACACCGAUGCCUCAAUAGCAGACCACAUCCUCAACAAGUACAUUCUCAAACUAAAGAAGGCGGUCAAGGCCAACUUUGAGGAACCCCAGGCACAUUUGCAGUCAUUUGUCAAGCGAUAUGACUACAUUGUGAACGGCGAAGCAAUGGCAGAAAUUCACAAGUGGAUGGAAAUUGAGCACUCGUUUGCUGAGUACACAGAGCAAAUUGACAAGUAUCGUAAUCUGGCUAAAGAAAUCAUGGGACUGCCAAGUAUCGAACAUUUCGACAUGAUUCGUCUUGAUUGUGAGGACUUAAAACGUGGCCUAGCUGAAGGGUCGCGCAAUCUGGCCAAUGAGCUGCUACGAAGAGUGUCAGAUGACCACCGACGUGAAAAUAAACUGGUUUGUGAGGAGUUUGCCAACAUUCAAGAAUGCGCACUACGCGAGCCAGAGACAAGCGAAGACCUGAUCAACAUGAUCUCAUUUGUUGAGAAAGCCCGCACCCAGGGUAUGAUACAGCUGAAUGAGAGAAUCACGCAGUCUAAGGACCGACUAGCGUACCUGAUUGAUGUGUUUUUGUUCGCUCCCGAGGAUAUUGACCUCAACUGUGAGGUUCUAACAUGGCCAACACGUAUCAACCCUGUGUUUGAUAAGAACGAAGAGCUGAUCGAGAAGUCAAAACAGAAGGGCGAGAAGGGCUUGAUGGAACGAAGGGAGAAGGUGAUGAUGGAAUUAGAGAAGUUGCGAACGCGGGUUGAUGAGUUUAACGAUUACGGUGAGCUAGAUAUGAUGCAGCAGUACGUCAGCGAUAUUCGAGCUGUUCAGAAACGUCUUACCGAUGUGACAAAUGAGAUUUCCUGGAUUAACAAGGAAGAGCAGCUGUACAAGUACCCGGUUACAGCAUACCCAGAUGUGGAUGAGAUUACAAAUGCUGUCGUGCCGUUCCAGAACUUGUUCAACGUAGUAUUCAAAUGGCAGAAGGCAGAAAAGAAAUGGAUGGACGGAGCGUUCUUGGAUUUAGAGGCCGAGGCAAUUGAAGCAGAGGUUGACGAGUAUUGGCGAGAAAUCUACAAGAUCCAGAAGGUCUUUAACCAGAGAAUGAAAAAAAUGCAGAUUGAGAUCGACGAGGUUAAUCGUGAUCGGAAGAAGAAGCGCCGAUUGGCUGAGGAGGACGGUGCAGACACAACAGAUAUCGAGCCUGACGUUGAGUUGCAUCCACCGGCUGCCGUCAGUGUGUGCAACACAGUCCAAGACAAUAUGACCGUAUUUAAGGAAUUCAUCCCAGUCAUUGGAGUCAUGUGCAACAAGGGUAUGCGAGGUCGCCACUGGGAGAAGAUGUCGGGUAUCGCAGGCUUCGAUAUGACCCCCGAUUCUGGUUCCACUCUCAGGAAGGUCCUUAAACUGAACCUGGAACCAUUCAUGGAAGAAUUUGAGGGAAUCAGUGCUGCUGCUACAAAGGAGCACUCUCUGGAGAAGGCAAUGAAGAAGAUGAUGGAAGAUUGGGGCGAUAUCGAUUUUAAUCUGACUGGAUAUCGUGACACGGGGAUCAGCAUUCUCUCGAGCGUCGAUGACAUUCAGACCCAGCUGGACGACCAGAUCGUCAAGACACAGACAAUGAGGGGAUCGCCUUUCAUCAAGCCUUUUGAGAAGGAGAUUAAGGAAUGGGAAGAGCGCUUGAUCAGAAUUCAGGACACGAUUGACGAGUGGCUGAAAGUCCAGGCACAGUGGCUUUACCUCGAGCCGAUUUUCUCGUCAGAAGACAUCAUGCAACAGAUGCCGGAGGAGGGUCGAUUGUUUCAGAUCGUGGAUCGCAACUGGAAGGAAAUCAUGAAACACACUGUCCGUGACCCUAAGGUGCUUGUGGCUACAAGCAUGACUGGGCUUCUUGAAAAAUUACAAGACAGUAACGGGCUCUUGGACAAGAUUAACAAAGGACUGAACGCGUAUCUUGAGAAGAAACGUCUCUUCUUCCCACGAUUCUUCUUCCUGUCCAACGACGAAAUGCUUGAAAUCCUGUCCGAGACAAAGGAUCCAUUAAGAGUACAGCCGCAUUUGAAGAAAUGCUUUGAAGGUAUUGCGAAACUGGAGUUCGACAACAAGCUUGACAUCCUUGCUAUGUUCAGUAGUGAAGGAGAGCGCGUACAAAUGGCUACGCCAAUUUCGACAUCCGAAGCCAGAGGUGCGGUAGAAAAAUGGCUGCUUCAGGUGCAAGACAUCAUGUUGCUAUCAGUGAGAGAUGUUGUCCGAGCUGCUCACGAGGCCUAUGCCGUUGAGCCAAGAACCAACUGGGUUAUCGACUGGCCCGGUCAGGUGGUAUUGUGUGCGUCCCAGGCAUACUGGACACGAGAAGUGCACGAGGCAAUCAGGUUUGGCCCGGGUGGCCUCAAGGACUACCACAAGAAGCUUCAGAAACAGCUCGGGGAUGUCGUAGAGCUCGUGCGAGGGAAGCUCACAAAACAAGCCCGUACAACCCUUGGCGCUCUGGUCGUAAUUGACGUGCACGCGAGGGAUGCUGUAGACGAAAUGGCAGAGAAAGGUGUGUCGAGCGAGAAUGACUUCAGCUGGCUGGCUCAUCUGCGUUACUACUGGGAGAACGAAAACAUGAUGGUGCGUAUCACCAACGCCACAGUGCGCUACUCGUACGAGUACCUUGGGAACACUACACGUCUUGUUAUUACCCCCCUCACAGACAGAUGUUACCGUACCCUUGUCGGAGCAUUCCAUCUCAACUUGAAUGGUGCUCCUGAGGGACCGGCAGGAACAGGAAAAACGGAGACCGUCAAAGAUCUCGCCAAGGCGUUGGCCGUCCAGUGUGUCGUGUUCAACUGCUCUGAUGGUCUUGACUACAUUGCCAUGGGAAAGUUCUUCAAGGGGCUUGCCUCUGCAGGUGCGUGGGCGUGUUUUGAUGAGUUCAACAGAAUUGACCUUGAAGUGUUGUCUGUAAUCGCCCAGCAGAUCCUGUGCAUCAUCCGAGCCGUUCAGGGCAAGAUGGAUGUGUUCAUAUUUGAAGGAACGGAGCUGAGCUUGAACCCACAGUGCUACGUCUGUAUCACAAUGAACCCAGGGUAUGCCGGGCGAUCAGAACUUCCGGACAACCUUAAAGUCUUGUUCCGAACAGUAGCCAUGAUGGUCCCUGAUUAUGCCAUGAUUGCAGAAAUCUCGCUGUACUCAUUUGGUUUCCUUGAGGCGAAAGCGCUGUCCAUCAAAAUUGUGACUGUGUAUCGUCUGUGCUCAGAGCAGCUCUCGUCGCAAUUUCACUACGAUUAUGGAAUGCGGGCAGUAAAGGCUGUAUUGUCUGCUGCCGGAAACUUGAAGCUGAAAUAUCCAAAUGAAGAAGAAAAUAUUCUAUUGCUGAGAUCAAUCAUUGAUGUGAAUCUGCCGAAAUUCUUGUCCCAUGACAUUCCUCUGUUCAACGGCAUCAUGUCUGACUUGUUCCCGGGCAUAACUCUGCCCGAACCCGACUACGAUAUCUUCCUGAAAGCCAUGGAAACCAUCUCAGAGAAGAAAAACCUGCAGUUUGUUGAUUUCUUCAGGGAAAAGAUUAUCCAGACUUACGAGAUGAUGAUCGUCAGACACGGUUUCAUGUUGGUCGGGGAACCAUUUGGUUGUAAGACAAUGGUCAUUGAAACUCUGUGCGAGGGAAUGACACUUCUGAACGAGCAAGGUCACACGGACGAUUACGAGAGGGUGCAUUACCGAAUCAUCAACCCGAAGGCUGUCACGAUGGGGCAGUUGUUUGGUCAGUUUGAUCCAGUUUCACACGAGUGGACGGAUGGUAUUGUUGCCAACACAUUCAGAGAAUUCGCGUCCACUGACACGCCCGACAGGAAGUGGGUAAUUUUUGACGGCCCGAUUGACGCUCUCUGGAUUGAAAACAUGAACACUGUGUUAGAUGAUAACAAAAAACUGUGUUUGAUGAGUGGUGAAAUUAUUCAGAUGUCCAACCCGAUGUCACUGAUCUUCGAAACAAUGGAUCUUUCUCAGGCCUCACCUGCGACGGUGAGUCGAUGCGGCAUGAUCUACUUGGAACCUUCCACGCUCGGUUGGAGGCCCAUUAUGAGGUCCUGGAUAAACCAGUUUGGUGAGGUUAUGAAAAACGAGGCCGCGGAUGCCAUCGAGGCUCUGUUUGAAUGGCUUGUUGACCCAUGCUUCGACUACAUCCGCAAAAACUGCAAGGAGUACAUGCCAUCUAAGGCGUCCAACGUAGUGCGCUCCUUGAUGUACCUGAUCGACAUGUUGAUGUCCGAGGCCCUUAAUGCCCCUGAAGCGGAACACAACAAGGCCAUCAGGACUUGGGUCAUUUGUGUGGUGUUGUUUUCCAUCCCAUGGUCCAUUGGUGCAGUGGUCGAUGUUGAUGGACGACACAAGUUUGACGCGUUCUUCAAGGAUCUUUUGGCAGGAAAAAUGGAGCAACACCCAAUUCCUAAGGCCAUCAACAAGUUUGACGUUCCCAUACCAACAGAACAAGGAGUGUAUGACAUCUUCUUCGAGCAAAAGGGGCGUGGCAGCUGGAAACACUGGAAUGAACUACUCAAGGGGGUGGAGCCAAAAUCCAAGAAGAUCCGAGACAUGCUGGUGCCCACCAUGGAUACCGCUAGAUAUCGCUACAUUAUGGAGCUCUGCAUUGACCACUCAAGCAAAACCCGAUCGGGAACAUUCAGACCACUGCUGUUUGUUGGUCCGACUGGUACAGGAAAAUCGGUUUAUGUGCAGGAUAAACUGAUGCACGAUUUACCAAAGGAGAAAUUUCUUCCUGCCUUUGUCAACUUUUCUGCUCAGACGAGUGCAAACCAGACACAGAAUAUCAUCAUGUCCCGUCUUGACAAGCGACGAAAGGGUGUGUACGGUCCCCAGAUGGGAAAGCGAGCGAUCAUCUUUGUAGAUGACUUGAACAUGCCGCAGAAAGAGGUCUACGGUGCCCAGCCACCGAUUGAACUGCUGAGGCAGUACCUUGACCAUGGAAAUUGGUACGAUAUAAAGGACACCUCAAAGAUCACACUCCAGGAUAUUCAGUUCUUCACUGCAAUGGGUCCACCAGGGGGUGGUCGUAAUGACGUCACACCUCGAUUCCUCCGACACUUCAAUAUUAUCGGCAUGAAUCCGUUCAAUGAUGACACCAUGACGAAGAUCUUCUCAGUGCUCAUGAGCACUCAUCUGAGGGGCCAAGAAUUUCCAGCGGAAUACCACUCUGUCGGGACGAUGAUUGUCCAGGCGACAUUGGACAUGUACAAGCAGGCGAUCGCCAAUCUUCUGCCGACCCCUGCCAAGUCACAUUAUGUGUUUAACCUGCGUGAUUUCUCCAGGAUAAUCCUCGGCGUCUGUCUCAUUAAGAAGGGGCAGGUGGAGAAUAAGCGUGUCAUGAUAAGAUUGUGGGUCCAUGAAGUGAUGCGUGUGUUCUACGACCGUCUUACAGACGACAAUGACAGGAAAUGGCUGUUUGAGGCGGUCAAGAAGUCAGUGAAAGAUUUCUUCAAGGAAGCUUUUGAUGGUCUGUUUGAAUCUCUGGUGCCGGAUGGCGGAAAGGUGAAGGAAGGGGAUCUUCGCAGUUUGAUGUUUGGGGAUUACAUGAAUCCUGACGCGGAGCCAGAAGAGAGAGUGUACGACGAAGUUCGCUCCCUUGAUGACAUGUACCAGAUCGUGGAGCAGUGCCUCGAAGAGUACAACAACACACACAAGAGUAGAAUGAACCUCGUCAUCUUUAGAUAUGUUCUUGAGCAUCUUUCCCGUAUCAGUCGAGUGUUACGUGUGCCAGGUGGGAACGCCCUACUUGUCGGAGUGGGCGGUAGCGGUCGACAGUCACUGACACGUCUCGCUACAGCUAUGGCAGGAUACGGGCUAUUCCAGCCUGAGAUCUCGAAGAAUUAUGGAAAAACUGAGUGGAGAGAAGACAUCAAGAACCUCCUGAAGACAGCUGGUACUGGAAAGACAAUGGUAUUCCUGAUCACUGACACUCAAAUCAAGGAGGAAUCCUUCCUGGAGGACAUUGACAGUCUUCUGAACUCCGGCGAGGUUCCAAACAUCUUUGCCGCUGAUGAGAAGUCCGAAAUCAUGGAGAGUAUCCGGCCCGAUAUGCAAGCUGUGAUGGAGGCAGAAGGGAAAGGAGGAGAAGAUUUCUCUCCCUUGGCUAUGUUUGCGUUCUUUGUGAAUCGUGUUAAAGAGAACUUGCAUAUAAUCAUCGCAUUCAGUCCAAUCGGUGACGCGUUCAGAAACAGACUGCGUCAAUUCCCAUCCCUGAUUAAUUGCUGUACUAUCGACUGGUUCCAGGCCUGGCCAGACGAUGCUUUGGAAAGAGUAGCGAACAAAUUCUUGGAACAACUUGACAUUGAGGAAGACCAGAAGGGCGAGACGGUCAAACUCUGUAAACACUUCCACCAAGGCACCAACAAGCUGUCCACAAACUACCUUAUUGAGCUUGGACGACACAAUUAUGUGACUCCGACAUCGUAUUUGGAGUUGAUUAACGCAUUUAAGACGCUACUUGGAUCGAAGCAGGAUGAAACAUUGAAGGCCAAGCGACGUUAUGUUGUUGGUCUGGAGAAAUUGGCUUUUGCUGCUAGUCAGGUGGCAGACAUGCAGAAAGAACUUGAAGAGCUUCAACCACAGCUGGUUGUUUCCGCUGCGGAGAAUGAAAAAAUGUUGGUGGUAAUUACGAAGGAAUCGGCUGAAGUGGAGGAGACCAGUAAGAAUGUAAAAGCGGACGAACAGGUGGCGAACGAACAGGCUGCCCAGGCUCAAGCGUUGAAAGAUGAAUGUGAGGCCGAUCUAGCUGAAGCAAUUCCGGCUUUGGAGGCGGCCUUGGCAGCUCUCAAUACACUUAAACCGGCUGACAUCACCAUUGUGAAAUCUAUGAAGAGUCCCCCAUCUGGGGUCAAACUUGUGAUGUCUGCUGUUUGCGUCAUGAAAGACAUCAAGCCAGACAAAGUGAAUGACCCAGAUAAACCUGGACAAAAGAUGCUCGACUACUGGGGUCCGUCGAAAAAACUCCUUGGUGAUAUGAAGUUUUUGGAAGGCCUAAAGGAAUAUGACAAAGAUAAUAUCCCACCUGCAAUUAUGCAAAAGAUGCGUAAAGAAUUUAUUGGCAACCCAGAAUUUGACCCCGCGAAGGUCGCGAAUGCUUCCUCUGCAGCCGAAGGUCUGUGUAAAUGGUGCCUCGCUUUGGAAAUUUAUGAUCGUGUAGCGAAGGUGGUGGGGCCAAAGAAAGCUCGCCUUGCCGAGGCAGAGAUCGAAUUGAACACAACCAUGAAGACGUUAAAUCAGAAACGAGCUGAGCUGGCAGCAGUUGAGAAACGCCUGGCUGAUCUGAAAGCAACAUUUAAAGAGAUGACAGACAAGAAGGAACAGCUUGAAUUCCAGGUUGAUCUGUGUGGAAAAAAGCUUGUUCGAGCGGAGAAGCUGAUUGGUGGACUGGGUGGUGAAAAGACACGUUGGACUCAGGCUGCGGAGCAACUCCAAAACACAUUUGAUAAUCUGAUUGGAGAUGUGCUCAUUUCCGCUGGUGUUAUUGCGUACCUAGGAGUGUUUACGUCAGCCUUCAGGGAACGAGCUACAAAUGACUGGGUCGCCAAAUGUUUGGAGGCCAAGAUCCCCUGUUCCAAGGAGUUUUCCCUGAGUAAAUGUUUGGGGGAACCAAUCAAAAUUCAGGCUUGGAACAUCUUCGGACUGCCUCGUGACACAUUCUCCAUCGACAACGGUGUCAUUGUGGCAAACUCAAGACGAUGGCCACUGAUGAUAGAUCCCCAAGGACAGGCCAACAAAUGGGUGAAGAAUAUGGAAAAAGAGCACAAACUUUCCGUAAUCAAGCUCACUGACGGGGACUACAUGCGUACGCUGGAGAAUUGUGUUACGUUCGGUAACCCCCUAAUUCUGGAAAACGUCGGUGAAGAUCUGGACCCCUCCCUUGAGCCCCUGCUUCUGAAACAAACAUUUAAACAAGGUGGCGUUGAAAUGAUUCGACUCGGUGAAAAUGUAAUUGAAUACAGCAAGGACUUCCGUUUCUACAUCACGACGAAGCUGCGAAACCCACAUUACCUCCCAGAAGUUGCCACAAAAGUCUCUCUGCUCAACUUCAUGAUCACGCCCGAGGGUCUCGAAGAUCAGUUGUUGGGAAUUGUGGUCGCCAAGGAAAGGCCAGAGCUUGAAGAGGAACGCCAGGCAUUGAUCAUCCAGAGUGCCCAGAAUCGCAAACAGCUGAAAGAGAUUGAGGACAAAAUCCUGCACACACUCUCUGCGUCUGAGGGCAACAUCCUCGAGGAUGAAUCUGCCAUCCAGAUUCUCGACUCCUCCAAGAUCCUGUCUGAUGAGAUUUCUAAGAAACAGAAGAUUGCUGAGGAGACUGAGCACAAGAUUGAGACCAACCGUAUGGGAUAUCGACCAAUUGCCAAACACUCCUCGAUCCUGUUUUUCUCGAUUGCCGAUUUACCAAACAUCGACCCCAUGUAUCAGUACUCGUUGACUUGGUUCGUCAACUUAUACAUCAUGUCGAUUCAUGACAGCAAUCGAUCCAAGAUUCUCGAGAAAAGAUUGAGAUAUUUGUCUGACCAUUUCACAUACAAUCUUUAUUGUAAUGUGUGUCGGUCCCUCUUCGAAAAAGACAAACUCCUUUUCUCAUUCUUGCUUUGUUCCAACAUGCUUCUAUCUAAACAAGAGCUGGACAGAGAUGAGUUUAUGUUCUUUCUUACUGGUGGAGUGGGCCUUGAGAAUAAACUGGCGAACCCUGCCCCCACAUGGUUGACAGAAAAAUGCUGGGAUGAAAUAUGUAGAGCUUCAGAUUUGAAAUCGCUCAAGAAGUUCAGACAAAGCUUUAUGAGUAACCUGGAGAAGUGGGCGGCAUAUUAUAACUCCAAGGAACCACAAAAUGAAGAGUUGACAGCCCCUCUCGACAACGAACUCAACGAUUUCCAGAAAAUGAUCGUUCUGAGGUGCAUCAGACCGGACAAGGUGAACGCUGCUAUCACCAACUUCGUGAUGAGCAAACUUGGCAAGAAAUUCGUCGAGCCUCCACCUUUUGACCUGGCAAAGUCGUACGCAGAUUCCAACAGUUGCGCUCCCCUGAUCUUUGUCCUCUCCCCUGGGGCUGACCCCACCAUGGCCCUUCUGAAGUUUGCUGAAGACAAGGGCUUUAGUGGAGACAAAUUCAAUUCUAUUUCGCUAGGUCAAGGACAGGGCCCCAUCGCAUCUCGUAUGAUAGAAAAAGCGAGACAGGAGGGUACGUGGGUGAUGUUACAGAACUGUCAUCUAGCUGUCUCCUGGAUGACCCCGUUGGAAAAAGUCUGCGAAGAUUUCAACCCGGAGAACACUCAUUCUGAGUUCCGACUCUGGCUAACCAGUUACCCAUCAGACAAGUUCCCAGUUACAGUGCUACAAAACGGCGUGAAGAUGACCAACGAGCCGCCAACCGGUCUCCGACAAAAUCUGCUUCAGUCGUUUCUCAACGACCCAAUCUCUGACCCAGAGUUCUUCGACGGUUGCCCAGGAAAAGAAUCAAAUUUUGAGAAGCUACUGUUUGGGUUAUGUUUUUUCCAUGGACUCGUUCAGGAACGUCGGAAGUUUGGGCCUCUCGGCUGGAACAUUGCAUACGGGUUCAACGAAUCUGACCUUCGUAUUUCCUGCAGGCAGCUUCAGAUGUAUCUGAACGAAUACGAUGAAGUUCCCUUCGAUGCGAUAACCUACAUGACUGGUGAAUGCAACUAUGGAGGUCGUGUCACGGACGACUGGGACCGACGUGUUCUGCUUAACAUGCUCUCCGACUUUUACAAUCCCACCUUAAUCAACGACCCAAAAUACAAAUUCUCCAGCAGCGGACUUUACCAUUGUCCACCCAAGGGCAAAUAUGAAGAUUAUCUGGAAUUUAUCAAGAGCCUUCCACAGAGCCAGCUGCCUGAGGUGUUCGGCAUGCACGAGAACACGGAUAUCUCGAAGGAGCUACAAGAAACCCGGCUUCUGUUUGACUCAGUGUUGCUAACUCAGGGUCGAACGGGAGGUGGUGGAGGCGGAAAUACGGACGAGCAGCUCAACCAUAUAGCUAGUGAUAUCCUGUCUAAGUUACCUAAGAUAUUUGACAUCGAGGAGGCUAUCAAGAAGUAUCCAGUGGAAUAUAACGAAAGCAUGAACACAGUGUUAGUUCAGGAGAUGGAAAGGUUUAACAGGCUGACAAGCAUUGUCCAAUCCAGUCUGGUGAACAUUCAGAAGGCCAUCAAGGGUCUAGUGGUCAUGUCCCAGGAACUUGAGGCUCUAGCGGGAAGCCUUUUGAUUGGUCGAUUGCCAGCAAUGUGGGCAAAGCGAUCGUACCCAUCGCUAAAACCGCUUGGAAGUUACAUAAAUGAUCUGCUUGAAAGACUGAAAUUUUUACAGACCUGGUAUGAUAACGGUAAGCCUCCAUCCUACUGGAUUUCGGGAUUUUUCUUCACCCAGGCUUUCCUAACAGGUGUAAUGCAAAACUAUGCGAGAAAGUACACGAUUCCUAUCGACACACUGGCGUUUGAUUUUGAGAUUCUGGGUGUGGACCAUAUCGACGAAAAGCCAGAGGACGGUGCUUACGUGUACGGACUUUUCACGGAUGGGGCACGUUGGGACAAACACAAGAAAUGUCUUGGAGAACAGCUUCCGAAAAUCCUUAACGACGCUGUACCUGUGAUUUGGCUUCGGCCGGACAAGAAGGACGCUAUCGAUGAAUCAGACAAACGCUUUCGAUGCCCCGUAUACAAGACAAGUGAGAGAAAGGGGGUACUGUCCACCACUGGCCACUCAACAAACUUCGUCCUGGCCAUGCUGAUACCGACUGAUAAGCCCGUGUCACACUGGGUCAAACGAGGCUGCGCAUUGCUGUGCCAGCUUGACGAUUAGGAGUUAUUCGAACAAUGUUGCUUAAUUUAUGACUGUUAUUUCUUUGUGGACUUUAAGCUGCUUAUUUGUUUACGUUUUUUCUCAGUUACCUGCUAUUGUUGAUUUCAUAUUUAUAUAAUUUUGAAAUUUGUUAUUACCGUUUUUUGCAUUCAUAUAUUUCUUUAUUUGUGAUGCAUUUGUUUGAAGAAAAAACUCAUAUAUUAUUUAAUCCGUCCAUUGAAAUGUGUGAUAAAUUGAGAAACGUAUGAUUUUGACAUAUAUAAUUAUCAUAGUGUGUGAUACAGCUGAUUAAUACAAUAAUCUAUCAUAGACUGUUUUUUGAACUACUUUUAUUGUUUAAGGCAAAACCUUGGAAAUGGAUAGCUGUGCCCAUUCAUAAUGGAUUUAAGCGUUUGCUUAAUUUGUGAACAGAACAUACAAAGUUAUAUUUUUGUGAACUUCUAUUUUCAAGCUUUGUGAAUUUGACAGUUUAGUUUAGGAGCUAACAGGGAAAAAACGUUUAAGUGUGAUAUUAACUGUUACUGAAUAAAAAAGUGUUUUUUCUCUUUUGUUAAAAAUAAAAACAGAAUAAUUGUAAUAUUUAUCUAUCAAUAUAUUUUAUAGUAAAACUAAUAUUGCACAGAACAUUCCAGUAUUCCCAAAUGUAUAAAAUAAAUCCAUCUGUGAUAAUAAAGUUUUACUAUUGUG